AAUCCAGUUUAUGUAUCAAGCGAGAGGUUUAGAAAAUAUUAGCAGGAUUUAACAUUAAUUUUGUGUAUUUUCUUAUUUCCAACGAUGGCAGAGAACGUUAGUCAGGGCAAGAAGGAAGGUAAAGCCAUAGCUGAGGGUGAAAUAAGAGUCACAACGUUGGGAAGGGUCUCCAACUAUGUUACUUAUGCUAAGAAACUCCUUUCAAGUGGUAUACCUGUAAUUACCAUUCGUGGUACCGGGAGGGCCAUGAGCAACGUCGUCGAGACUGCCGAAAUUUUAAGGCACAUGAUCGAGGGCCUGCAUCAGGUCACUACCGUCGACACUCAGGAUAGACUGGCUGAUCCAGAGACUACCGCUGAGGCAGGAAAAGAUUCAAAAUUUACAGUUUGCUUCCUAACAGUCGCUUUAUCACUGGAUCCAUCUAAACUCGACACUAACUCGAUUGGCUACCAGGCUCCACUUACAAAGGAGAACCUUGCCGACAUUGAUGUGGAUCAGCUCUUGCGAUCCGGACGCGGUGGACAACGAAGGACAAACAGGAGCACCAACAGGAGAUGAUACAUAUGAUAAAGUAUGUAAUCACUAGGAUAUGAAUAUUAUUCAUUUAUG